AUUACAGAGACGCCUGAUUUAGUGAAUGAUAUUUCUCAACUCUGCACACAAAGAUGAUCAUUAUGAAGAAAGCUUUAAAUGAUUUGUAAUAAUGUCAGAGGCCAUGGAGCCAGCAACGGAUAGCAUUGAUUCAGGUUCUGAUCCAAACCCUCCGCUCAUAUACCGAUGCAAGAAAUGCCGGAGAAUUGUUGCAACAAAAGAUCAUAUAGUAGCCCACGAGCGCGGCGAAGGUCAAAAGUGCUUCAAAUGGAAAAAGAGAGAUGAUGGCUUUGAUAGGGAUAGUAUGCCUGACUGCUCCUCCAUUUUCGUUGAGCCCAUGAAAUGGAUGCAAUCAGUGGGAGAAGGCUGUGUGGAAGACAAGCUCCAGUGCAUUGGCUGCAAGGCCCGACUAGGUUCUUUCAACUGGGCAGGCAUGCAGUGCAGUUGCGGAACAUGGGUUAAUCCUGCAUUUCAACUGCACAAAAGUCGAUUAGAUGAGUCGCGUGUUUAAUCUAACUUAUCUCCUGUAAAAGUUAGCCAUGACAUUGACACAUCCUUUCUUGCCAAAGAUAUCAGAAUGAUUUAGCUAUCAAUCUGUUUCGACAUUUCCUUAAUGCCAUUAUAAUCUCCGGUCUCAAAAUGUGGGGUUGGAAGUGGCUACUCAUGUUGCAGACACCAUAAAGCAACAAGAUUCUUCAGCUUGCAACGGUGCCAGUUCAUAGCUAUAUAUUGACAGACAGAC